AUGCCUCCGCUAGCCGCGCCCCGCGCGCCUCGACCCUGGUACACACCCCCGCCGCACCCGGCCAUCUCCCUCGAGGUGAAUGAAACGUCUUACAGCGGAUUUCUAGUAUGGAUAAUGCAGAGUGACGGCAACGGCAGCGUGCUGGGCGCGCCCUCAUUGGCUCGGCGUCGCCUCGGCACGGCGGGUAGGGCAGGUGACUCAUUCUACCGUCAGCUGUAA